AUGUGUCCUAAAGAACUGUGGGAUGCAUUAGCAAGCCGUUUUGGGAGCAUUGAGGAUUGUCUUCUCCCACAGUUGAAUGAACAUUGGAAUGACAUUCGUUUUCUUGAUUAUGUGAAGGUAAGUGAUUUCCAAAGAGAUAUGCUUAAGCUACAAGCACAACUCAAUUUCUGUGGGAUAAAACUCACAGAUAAAGAUUUGAUUCAAAAGACAUUGUCUACUUUCCCUUUGUCAUCUGUUAUUCUAUCUAACCAAUACCGCAUACAGGUUGAUAAUAAAAGAAUAACAACUUUCAGCAAGUUGAUCAACUUAUUUCGGGUGGCCGAAAGGCACAAUGAAGUUAUAGCAAACAGCAAUGCUAGAGCCCCCGGGAAGAAGAAAAUUCCCGAGGCUAACUAUGGCAAGGAUAACAAAGGAAAACACCCCAAAGAAAAGAGGGUUAAAAAUGAUGAUUCAUAUUCUCAUGCUCCAUACUCAGGAGAGGAUAAUAACCCACGUGGAAGAGGACAAAGAGGUCAUCGUGGAAAGGGACAUGGGCGUGAGGGCCAUUCAAAUACCUGGUCUAGAGAUGUUACUUCUGGACCUAGUGGUAGGGGCAACAUUGUUGAAAAAGCACAUAAGAACUUCAUGCCUAAGAAGGUCGAGAAUGACAAUGCACCUUGUUACAGGUGUGGAAUCUCCGAACAUUGGUACCAGCAAUGCAAAGCUAGUGCCAAAGUAGCAGACAGCUACAAAAAGUACCGGGAAUCUAUAGAUCAAGAAGCUCACUGUGUGGAAGAACAUGAUCAUACCCCAGAUGUCAACUUGACCAUUUCAGACUUCCAGGGAAAAAAGAACCAUGCCCUUAUGGAAACACCUGACUUUGAUUGA